AUUUUGCCGUGCACAAAUGUCGGAUCUUUUUCAUUGCAAACGCGCGCGUGCACCGAGGUAGAUCAUAACAAAGGUGGUCAGGUCGUCUAGUCGUUUACCGCUGUGUUGAGGGUCAGUUAUGGCUUCCAAGGUUCUCGUACCGACAGCCCCCUUUGCUAAAUUGCAGGUGAAGAAAUCACCUCCGGAAAAUUCCUCAAGCGGUUUUAUCAUCAGCGGUGGUGAUGCUGCAGCUAGGGUGGCGCACUUGGAACACAGUGUUCGUUUCCUUCAAGAACAACACCGAUUGAUGCUGAGCGGUCUCCACGCUGAGAUAGAAGCUUUACGAGAGAGAAAUAGAGACUUGCAAUUCCAACUGAUAUUCAACAAGGAGUCUUCGCCGAAGCCAAGUCAGCCAGUGCACGAUGAAACAGCUGAAAGUAAUGAGGUAAGCGUCAGUCUAUUAUUACGUAAAGAAGUGAGUCGCGCAGAACGCGAGGCGAGCGCGGCGCGAGGCGAGGCGCGGGCGGCCGAGGCGCGGGCGUUACAGUUGCAAAGACUGGUCGACGCGCAGGCGCAAAAGCUUCGUGAAUUGGAGAGUCAGCGCGAGGGUUCUGAGGCCGGGGGGGUGGAAGGCUCGAGGGGUGCGGGGGUCGAGGCCGAGGCGGAGGAGAGUCGCGCGGAGCUUCGUAUGCGGCUAGCGGAGGCCGAGAGACUUGUGAGGCGGCUGCGGGCCGACGCGGAGCGCCAGCGCAGAGAGGUACUCGGGGGCGCGGGCGUCACCAACCUACUGUUCGACGGCGCGGCCGCUCGACACGCGCACUUGCAGUGUAUGAAGAAUUCCCUCCACGCCAGUUUGCGAGCGAGUGGAUUGGAUGGUUAUGGGUAUCAGAACAGCUACCACUUCCCAGGGGUGCACACGCCAGACUUCUGGCGGGAACCGCUUAGAGAGGAGUACAGUAUGGGUUCGCGUAGCAGGAAUAACAGAAGGCCGCUGACGCUGCCCGAACUGACGGCUGUCGGUCAACCGUUGCGCUCUACCGUGUAUGCUAAUAAUCAUACGCGGGCACGAGGCUACGGUUACGACAAAAACAAAAAGACUCAAUCUACAAACGGUGAAACGACUAAUGGGAAAAGUCCAGAAGAGCCACCAGAAAAUACGCGAUUAAAACCAAUAGACGCGGAUAGUUUAGCGAAUACGAGCAAAGUAAAUGGAUCUAGGUUCUCGACAUAUCCCGAGUUGAAAAUAGUGGUUACUAAAAUAAUACCACACGGAAACGUGGGUUCUCCAAGCGACGCUCAGAGACGCGCCCGACGUCCGCAUCGCAAACACUCGGACCACACAUAACCGCGCUCCGCUACACACUCUCACAAAUACAGUCGACACUAGACACUGAUCGAUAUCGACUUAUCGAGCGUUACUUGUUUAUUUUAAUGUUAAAUAUGUAUUAUUAUUAAAUAUACGAUGUUUUAUUUGAAGUAUUGUCGAAUUCGAACGAAUUUUCGAAAUUCGAAUGUACGAUCGAAUUUCAAACACUGCUCGAUUUUGAUGAUCAAUUAAAUUAAAACGAAUGUCUUGUUUUAUCGAUUGCAAGCUAAUGAUCAAGCUCAAACUGUAAAACAAAAAGUUGUAUUAUAUUAGUUGAAGUAAACAGGCACCAAGUAUGUGUUUCCUAAUUAUCAACAACCGAUGGCAUAGGCACUAAAAUUGCUUGAAAUUAGUAGUGUUUGAAUGUUCGUCCAUAAUAAAUCCAAAUCUUGAAUCGUUCCUUGUUUGAAGCUAUUACUAGAUUCUACUAACAGUAAUUUUUAUUAUUGUUUAAUAAAAAUGUAGCUCGCUUCUUAAUCGAAGAGUAUUUAUCGCGACAGUUACAAUUAGAAAAUAUUGUAAUUAGCCAUUGUGCUGUGCUUAUUUAUAAGUAUCUGUUGUAGUAAUUGUUUUAACCAGAUAAAUGAGUAACAAAUGACAUACAAAUGUGGUUUAAAUCCUGACUUAAAAAAUGUUUAAGACCUCAAAAAACGAAUCAAACUGUGGCUCUAUAAGGGAGUAAGUUACGUGUUAAAAAAAACACAACUAUAAAAAAUAAUGUCAUAACAUUUGCCAAGUUAAAAUAAUUAUACUUAGCACAUAGCUAACGUAAAACAAAAGAGGCUUAUGUCAAAAAUGUAUCAUUAAACGUUUUUAAAUAAGUCUCUCUUACAUAAAAUUUACUCUGAAAUUUUCAUAUAUGGUGACGCAUUAUACGGAAAGUCAGUAAAAGUUUAAUUUUAUAACUAAGACUGUGCUAGAUUUAGAUAUAACUAGAACAUACAUGUAACUGAUUCAAUUAACAAUUUGUAGAUCAUCGAAAUAAUUUAAAAUAAUUACUUCAUACGAUACAAACAUUUGAUGAGUGAAGGCAGUGGCAUUUAAUAAUACUAUUUGAAGUAGAGUUACCAAUACAACUAUGUGCAUACUAUGUGAUUUUACCGGUUAAUGAUAAAUCAGAUAAAUGUCCGUUAUAUUUAUGCAGCUGAUAAAUUUAUGUUCUGUGUUAAAUGAAACUUUAUUUUAUCAAAUAUUUUUAUUCUUAAUCUGAGAAAUCAAAAGUUGAUGAAUAAAGGUGAAACAUGCUUUAUGAGUGUUUUAUCUCUUCCUGGUAAAGCCUCUUUGAUAACCAUAACAGACUGUGAGAUAAAACUUUAACAACCAGUGAUUUGAACUCUUAGAUGAAAUAAAAUUACUAGUUCUUUAAAUUGAUAGCUAUCAAACGCCUUAUUUGAAAUGCGUUUAUGUAUGCAUUUGAAAAAAUUCAUAAAGGCUUAUGAGGACAUUUAAAAAUUCCUAAUUAUAAAUUAUUCACGUUUAAAUAGAAUUGUUCAUGAUUUAAAAUAUGAUCUCAAUUUAUUUUAGAAGGACCAAACGAACGAUCAACUUUAAUAUGCUUGAUUAGAAUUGUGGUGUAAAAAAACCGUAAAAAUACUAAAAAUGCAUAAGGCACGAACUUUGACAUUUAUAAUGCCAUAGCAGUUUUGUAGCUAGUAAAUUUUAGUACAUUACUUCACUAAUAAUAAAAUUGAACGUGAUAUGACUGUACCUAUGUCGUUAAAACAUAAGCGCACAUAAAUUACUAGAUAUUUAAAUUAAAUUAAUAUUUUGCUUUUUAAUUCGAUUUAAUCGACAGCACUUCAAAUAGUGCGAUAAAAAGCAGAUAGGCAUGGCAUGUAAUCGUAGUUUAAAAAUUUGUAUUAAUUAGUGUUCUUUUUUAAAUUUCAUAGAAACUAUUAAUACAUUUUUGAAUGUUUACUUUGUCGAUUUCGGUCUAGACGCGAUGUCAUUCAAUUAUACAUUAAGCCUUAAAAAGAUGUAUACAAACUGUACUACGCAGUUAAUAUUACACUAUACACUAAAAUUCAAAAUGUAUAAUUUUAUACAAAUAAAUAUCUCUGUAUAAUCCUACAUAACUACUGUGAUUAUGUUCUUGUUUUAAUUUCUAACUAUACACCAUAUACAAAAUUUAGUAUACUUGUAUAGGUACUUUAAGCAUAUUCCUACAAAUAAACAGUAUUCCAAUACAGAAAACGAAGAGAUUGUUUCUUUGUGAAUGUAUAAAUCUUUUUGAGGUAACUUCAUAUUCCCUAACAGUCUUAAAGUGCCUAGAUUGGGUUGAAAUCCCUAUAUAUUGUUAUAGUUUCUUAUCAUAGAUUCAAAAGGGACAUUAUGGCGGGAAAGUAUAAAUUAUUUGAAAAAAAAAGAAAAGUAAUUAGGUAGCAAAAGUGAUGUGCGCGGCAUUCUUCAAUUUGUUUAUUAGUAAAUGUUAUUCGCUUUAAACACUGAUGUAGAAUAUUAUAAGAUUUUUUUUUUGUAAUAUAAUAAAUAAAAUCUCAUUUUGGCGAUCAAAUCAA